CGCCAGCACACACGUAAUCUUGGAACCACCGUAAAAAUGGGCGUCGUCGUCGUCAUUCGCCUUCCAAUGUCCAUCGAUGAAAUUGCCGCCCUCUGCACUGUAAAAGAAAGUGGGAGCUCCAUUUUCAUCCUUCAACGCUUAUAAAUCUCUGCGAUCUUUUCUCCAUCGAAGCAGUUUUUGGGUACAUAUCGAGAAUUCCUUCCGCGCUGGAGAAGACAGGCCAACUUCUGGAGAACAUGGAGCAGCAACAUGUCAACAGCAUAUAUAGUAUACCCGUCUCAUGGAGGGGAACGAAGUAUAUGGUGGAAAUCAGUUCAGAUUCUACUCUUAGGGACCUCGGUCAAAAGCUGCUAAAAUUAACUGAAGUUAAAGCAGAUACUAUGCGACUCAUAGUCCCACAAAUUUCCAGCAAAAGCUCUAAAAUGUUACAUCCUUUUUCUGAUGAAGAUGGAUACUUGGAUUUGGAAAAGAUCUCAAAUUUUAAGGACAACAAGCCUAUCAGAAUGAUGGGAGUGUCUAAGAAUGAGGUAGACGAAGUUUUGAAAAAUGCAAAGAAAAAUGAAAGAAUUGCUGGAUUUGAUGAAGAAGAGAAGAGACUGAAACAACGAAUGUCAAAUAAGUCUCAGGCCUUGUUGAAACUACCAGAAGGACCUUAUGUAUUUUGUGAAUUUCGGACACUUCAAAUUCCUGGAAUUGAGUUGAACCCUCCAGCUUCAGAAGCUUUGAAAAGAAUGCAUAUGCUUGCUGCUGAUCCUGGAAUUGUCGCAAUUAUGAACAAGCACCAUUGGCGCGUGGGAAUUAUGACUGAGAUGGCCCCCGUUGGCUAUGUUGGUGUGAGCCCUAAAUGUCUUCUUGGCUUUAAUAAGAACUGUGGAGAGGAGAUAUCCCUGCGACUUCGUACAGAUGACCUGAAGGGCUUCAGAAAAUACGAAAGCAUUAAGAAAACAUUACUCCAUGAACUUGCACACAUGGUCUAUUCAGAGCAUGAUGCCAACUUCUAUGCUUUGGACAAGCAGCUUAAUGAGGAGGCUGCCUCUUUAGACUGGACAAGAUCACAAGGCCACACGUUGACUGGAAUUAAGCAUUCCCGACAUCAUGAAGAAGAAAUCUACAAUGUCCAAGAUGACAUCAGUGUUCCACAGAAGCUUGGUGGAAGUAUGUCGCAUCAGCUUGUUAAUGCUCGUGCUUCUUCGGUUGCUGCUGCUUAUCACCGUUUGACAGACACUUCUGAUUUCAGUGGAGUGUCUAAAGUAAGUGGAGAGCCAGAUCAUUGUGAUUUGAUUCCGAGCCGAUUAGAUCCCUUGAACUGCAAGGAGGAAGCAAAAGUGCCAUUUCAUAGUCUGAACAAAGCCCUGAAAAAUUCUCAUCGUGAACCUGAUCCUGACGACAGUUCUAAUUACCAAAACAAGCUGGAGCCUGAUCCUGAUGACAGUGCUAAUUAUGAAAAUAAGCUUGAGCCUGAUCCCGACAACAAUUCUAAUUAUAAAAACGUGUUCGAGCCUGAUCCUGAUGAUUCUACAGGGAGCAGAAUUUUAGAAUCUGAAUGUAAACCAAGAUCCAAUAGGAGCAUAAUAGUUCAAACAGAGUUGAGCAACAAGGAAGUGCAGCCUUUGCCUCCUACUAACAGUAGAUUGCUGGAAGACUCAAAUUUGUCUGGAGAACCAGAUCCUGAUGAUAUGGGCAGCUCUUCAAACGGUAAAAUAACUGGUCCAGACCAGUUCUCUCGAGAAAUGCAAAACCUGGAUGGCAACAGUUGCCAAAUAAUGGCUGUUGAACCUGAUCCAGAUGACUUGGGAGAGAAACAGAACACGUUGGGUUGUGGAAAUGCUACUGAACACAAUGAGGCCAAUUGUCUAGAAUCUGACUUAGUGACAGAUCAAACCCUUUUAAGCGUAAAUUGUAGAAAGCACGAUACUUCUCAAGGAGAUGAACCUAUGCAGAUAGAGCCUGACCCUGAUGAAAAUUUGGUACAGCAGGUGAAAUUAUCUAAACUGCUUGUGGACGAGCCUGAUCCUGAUGAUCAAGAAAUUCAAAGAAUUCAAGACUCUGUUUCUCUUGUUUGCAAUCGAUUGCGUGAGGCUAUUGCAAAGCUGCUAGCUGAAGUUAAACCUUCUGAAUCUUCAGCAGUUUUUCAAACUCUGUUCAAGAUUGUUAGGAAUCUGAUUGAACACCCCGAUGAAAUGAAAUACAGAAAGCUUCGCAAGGCUAAUCCCACCAUCCAGAAGAAUGUUGCAAACUAUAAAGCUGCAUUGGAGAUCCUCUUCUUGAUAGGAUUCAUUGAAGAUGUACUGCUGGACGAAAUCGGCAAGACAGAGACAUUUCUUGUACUGAAGCGAAACGAUCCCGGCUUGUUGUGGCUUGCCAAAUCCACCCUUGAAACAUGCAAUGCCUUGUAGAUUGAAGAACAUUUAACAGUCAAACAUGUACUAUAAUACUGUAUACAAGUUGUGGUUUAUUGUGUUAUACUAGACAACCCGGAAUUCAAACAGGGAUGUAGUCUACAGAAGUACGUUGCGCAAAUAAGGAGGUUGGAAAUGGUGUAUGGUUGUUUCUGAAUGGAUUCUCCGGCACUUGUUCAAUUGUCAGACUUCAACGAGAUAUUAAUACAGACAGUUCUCUUAAAAGAUUGGAAUUCAUGUUUUAGCUUCUA